AUGGUGGGAAGCGCAUUGUUGCGGCAUGUUGAGUUGCCGCGUCAGCGACUUGUGUUUCUGAGUCCUAGUAUCGUCUCACACCACGCAUUACCUCUGGGAAUCGUGUAUCAAUACUCACCUCUCAUGUUUAUUAUUAUUAUUGGGGCAGUGUUCCACUAUUUAUAUGAAGCGCUGCGGCAGCGUGCGGAGAUGCUGAGCAUGUUUGGAUUGAUUUUUUUUAAAAUGAUGUAUCGUAUUCAUGAGGGAGCUGUCACAGUGGACAGGGUAAGUUACUGCCUUUUGGAACGCCUGCGAAUGCGGCGGAAAGGGAUUUUUAUUGUCUGGUGUGUCCUUGCCAUCACAUUGUUCUGUGUUCUCAGCGCGUGGGUCAUUCACCGGGAUGAUGGACGGGGUUUUUAA